GGAUAAACCUUUGAAUCUAAACAGUUACUUGGGAAAGAGACGAUUUCACAUGGAUGAUUCUCCACUGUGAGCAUCUGGGCUCUUCGCUCUGUGUUAAAGUUCGUUCUGGAGACCUCCGCUUGUGGGAAAAUAUCACUCCAAUUUCAGGGUUGCGACGUAAACGUGAGCUAAACUACUUUCACCUCACACAUUCUGUGCUCUUUUUUUUCCUGCGGUCACAGCCCAGUUGAAUAGGAUAUGAUGUCUAUAGAAUAACUUGUUAAUUCUGUUACACUAUAGAGACCACAAAGAAAAUAUUUUAAGGCUUUUUCUUUCCACCUCAUCCAAUAGCCUACUACAGCAGAGAGCAGCAGACAUGAUGGACAACACGUCUCAACAUAACUUCAUCAUGCACCACCACAUGGAGCUGAGCACCCUCACCAUGUACAGCGAGAACAGCACCACCAACAACACCAGCGCCAGGGAGCAGAACUCUACGACCUGCUCGCUCCGCAUUCCACAGGAGCUGUUCCUGACGCUGGGCCUCAUUAGUCUGGUGGAGAACAUUUUAGUGGUGCUGGCCAUCAUCAAGAACCGCAAUCUGCACUCGCCCAUGUACUACUUCAUAUGCUGCCUGGCCGUCUCCGACAUGCUGGUCAGCGUCGCCAACGUGGUGGAGACCAUAGUCAUGUUGCUCACCGAACACGGGCUGCUAGUUGUCACACCUGAAAUGCUGCGGCACCUGGACAACGUCAUCGACAUCAUGAACUGCAGCUCGGUGGUGUCGUCGCUGUCCUUCCUGUGCACCAUCGCCGCGGAUCGAUAUAUCACCAUCUUUUACGCGCUGCGUUACCACAGCAUCAUGACCACGCAGCGCGCCGUGACCAUCAUCGCGAUGGUGUGGCUGACCAGCAUCACCGCCAGCAUACUUUUCAUCGUCUACCACUCGCACACCGCCGUCAUUGUAUGCCUCGUCACCUUCUUCUGCAUCACUCUUGUCUUCACCGCUGUGCUCUACAUGCACAUGUUCAUCCUGGCGCACGUGCACUCGCGGCGCAUCAUGGCCAUCUACAAGUCUCGCCGCCAGGGCACGAGCAUGAAGGGCGCCAUCACGCUCACUAUCCUGCUAGGGGUUUUCAUCCUCUGCUGGGGACCCUUCUUCCUACACCUUAUUCUCAUCCUCACCUGCCCCACGACCCCCUUCUGCACCUGCUUCUUCAGCUACUUCAACCUCUUCCUCAUCCUCAUCAUCUGUAACUCGCUCAUCGACCCGCUCAUCUACGCCUAUAGGAGCCAGGAGCUGCGCAAGACACUCAAGGAGCUGCUCUUCUGCUCCUGCCUCACCUUUCGAUGCGAUUCCAUACUUGAGUGUCUAUUUCCAUGGAAGUUCACGUGACUGCAGGAUUUGUUCAGGAAUAAAAGAUUAUUUGAUAUUUGCGGCACUAUUAAGCGAAUGCCUGCCGUUGCUGUUGAAUUAACUGAAAUACAUAGUUAAUAAACUAUGAGACUUCAGGUUGGAUUGCACACAACGGCACAGCCACGCUUGGGACCUUUUACCAACCCCUGGCCUCUUCCAUGUUGCAGGCCAAGCCAUACAUAUAUGCCAUACUUGCGUGUCGAAUAAAUACUUGAGUCAUAAUCUGAAGCAUUUAUAUCUAAUUAUACACAGCAAAUGUGUGAUCAGAAUUGUAACACCCACAGUGUUAAAUGUAUCACUUUCUUAGAAAUCAUAUGUAACCAUUUCAAAUAGCCUAGUGUUAAACUAACACUUUUAAAUGUGUUGAUAAAUCAACACCCCGAAAGUGUUUGGUCCCUAGCAAAUUCCGACUUAAAUUAACACUUUAUACGGGCUGAUGCUGUUACACUUUCUCAGUGUUAACGAAUUAACACCUCUGGUGUUACAGUAACUCAUUUUGGAGUGUUAUUUUAACACUUUAGGGUGUAAAGACUGCACAUUUAUUUCCCAGUGUUACUAUUUUUCUGUGUAUUUGUUAAUGACAAAGACAUGAUUGUUGCAUUCGAUGGCUUUUAGUUUUCUAGCCUUCACCAAGUGAGUGACUAAGUGAAUAUUUGAUCAUAAAAUUUUUAUUAUUUAUGUUAAUACAUAUACAUUACUUUUUUUUAAAUUAUGUUGAACCAACAUGGAGUAAACAUUGAUUUGAAGUUUGUGCCCAGUACAGGGCACAUUAGCAAGUCACAUUAUGCUGUUUUUCAAAGUGUUGUAUAAUUCCUAUUGGAAUCUAGUCAGUUUGGAUAUCCAACACCCACAACUGCAGUUAGAAUGACUGCCAAGGUAGGGAAGAUUGAUAAAUGAGACUUCCUUAACCAUCUUGAGAUGGAACAACCAUCUCAAUAGCGGGUGAAAUAAGGCCAACUACUUACAGAUUGGAUUAGUUUAGAUUUUUUAUUUAUUUAUCUUUGUUUAGUAUAAGAUCAAUGAAUCAACCAAGGUGCAUGCAGAAACAUAGGCCUAGAUAUUAAAACAAACUAUUCUAAAAAGCAACCGGCAACAAAGCAUGCUGGGAAAUAUAAUAAUGAGGCCCCUCCCAUGUCUUCAAUCUGAGAGAGUUAACGGAAAUUAACUCAACACAGCCGAGUAACAACAACACCACACAGUGUUGAUUCCACUGUGAUUCAAGUAACUUCAUUUAUUCACGGCAGGUGUUUUUUAAUUUCAAUCCCACUGGUGUUAUCCCCACCAGAAUCAACACUCAGAUAUAACACUCACAACACUUUUUACCUCAACACUGAGAUUUUAACACCCUCAAAUUUGCUGUGCAGUUAUCAUCUCCAUACAACAGCAACUGACAGAACUUUUUCAAAGAUGCCAAUGUCUGUAAAAGCUGCGGGUCCAGUUUUCUCAGGCACCAAGAAACUUUGGUUUAACAGUACAUUACUGUAAACCUUACAGUAAUGUACUGUUAAACCAAAGUUGCUUUGGAAUUUACGGUAACAUACUGUACAUUUUGUUAAAGUAAUUUAGAGGUAACUGGCUACCAGUAAGUUAACAUAAAAACCACAUGAUUAUUUUACAGUGUACUAUGUAGGACAAAUAGUAAUUUGUGCUUUAAUCAUAUAGCCAACACUGGAAAUAUACUUUAAAUAAGAUAUAGCAAGUGUUCUAUUUAAAAUAGGAAAGAAUUUCCCGGAAUGUUGUUGGGAAGAGGAUGUUGUUUGAAAGAGGCUAUUGUUGAAGAAAAUUCCAUGGACCUACUGAUAUACACUAGCCCUGAUGCUUUGUAUGGAGUCAAAUAAAGAUGCACAAAUAUGAGUCAUGAAGUUGUUUUGUACAAGAAAACCAUUCUGUCACGUUUUGAUUAAAUAAAAUGAGUGCAUUGUGAAGUCCAAUAAUAGCCUAAUUGGUCUAUAUAGCGAGUUGCAUUUUUAUUUAUUCACUCAUUAUUUGUUUACAUCCAAUUUCCAAGUAUGUACAAAGAAGUUUCACGGUAUGAUUUAGGCCUAACUUAGCCCACUUAGGCCUUUGACGAAAAUGGCCUAUAAAUUUAAAUAAAACUUUGGGAUUUCAUGUAAAAAGUUUUAUUGCAAUCUUAAAACAGAUCAGACAAUUUCAGAUUAUCCUCACCAUUUUAAUGCAAAUAAUAAUGUAUGCAUAGACAGAAACAAAAUGUUUAUUUCAAUAUGUAUUUCACAAGUAGCCCAUGUAAUGUAGGCUAGGCAUGUUUUUUAAUUGUGUUAUGGAUGUACUGAAUACUUUGAAUGUUUCAACAUAUUUAUAACAUUUUCAAAAGCCUCGAGGGUAUCAAUAUUCAUCUCUUUAAACAAUCCAUGCUAUUUUAUGGCUGUGUGUCAAAACCAAGGCUCAAACUUAUCUCGUUGUAAAUGUGUACAUUUGAUUACUUUUUACUGUAUUUCAACAUAUGGUCUUGCUAUGGUCAAAUUGUACUUAUAUGUACUGAACAAAAACAUAAACACAA